GGAGCACCUGAAAGCACUUCUUCCACUUCUUCCUCACCAAGCGUAGCGUAUCGAUUUUUGCCCCGGACCCGGCUGUGACGCUAGGCGUACUCAGAAUUCCAUGCUACGGCAGUCACAGCAAUGGCGGCAGGCUCUGCUGUCUUCGCCAAGUUGGGCGACCAGCGGGGCCGGCAGUAGUAACGGCACCGCUCGGAUCGAGUUGCGUCAGCUACAUCGUCCAGCAGCGAAACGGUCCCCCUCGGGAUGCCCUGCGUCUACCAGUCGCCUGCGUCCUCUUCGCAGCUUCUCCACAACCCCUCUUGUCUGCCAAGAAGAGAAGUCACACCCGACCAAGAGGAGCAGGCCGAUCGACAAUCGUCCCUUCUCCAAGAAGUAUCCGCCCCCUCUAAAGGCUCCGGAACCCGUCACAUUCGAUCAACCAGCAAUAUCCAACCCCAUCGAGACCCAAAAAGCUCACGAGAGAUUUCAAAAGUACUCGAGGAUAGGUGGGAUCAGUGCUGCCGUUGCCAUUGUACUGGGUCUGGGUCUGUACUAUGCCCUGCCGAAGCUCCAUGCGGACGAGGCCAAGCUGCAGAGUGAUCUCGAGCUCAAAGGCCUCAGCAUGUCCAAGGACGAGAUGGAGGCAAAGGUACAAAAGGCUCAAGAGAAUCUCAACAACGCGGGCAGCUUUACCGUACUGGCCGUCAAGCGGUCCACUGUCAUUGCCAAGGCGGUCGGCCUAUGCGUGUGGGACUACCGCAAGACUUUGAAUGCCAAGUACGAUUCGGCUGCCGAGAGCAACGAGGAGCUUCGCAAGUGCCAUCUUCGAAGCGCCAAUCGAGUGCUGAAGGCUCUGCAGACAAACGGUGGGCUGUACAUUAAGCUUGGGCAGCACGUCUCGUCUAUCAUUCUGCUGCCCACGGAGUGGACAAAUACCCUGAAGCCGCUACAGGAUCAGAACCACGCCACGCCUUUGCACGAGCUUGAAGCCAUGUUCCGCCAAGAGACUGGCUCUUCUUUUGCAGAGUCGUUUUCGGAGAUUGACGAGAAGCCCCUCGGCGUCGCCUCUCUGGCUCAGGUGCACAAGGCGCGAGAUCGCAAGACGGGCCAGUGGCUCGCCAUCAAGCUCAUGCAUCCCGACGUAGAGCGCUUCAGCGAGGUGGACAUGAGGACCGUCAACUACCUGGUGAAGUGGGUCAAGAGGGUUUUCCCGCAGUUUGAAUUCACCUGGCUGGCAGAAGAGAUGAACCAGAACAUGCCACUGGAGAUGGACUUCAGACACGAGGCUCAGAACUCACGGCGAGCCGCUCAGGACUUUGACAGGUACAAGAAGACGACGGUGUAUAUUCCGAAGGUACCUUGGGUGUACAAGAGGGCAAUGGCAAUGGAGUACAUUGACGGUAGACGGCCAGACGACUUGCAGUACCUGGCGGACCACAACAUCGAUCGCAACCUCGUCUCACAGGAGCUGAGUAGGGUAUUUGCGCAAAUGCUCUACAUCCAUGGCUUCUUCCAUGCAGACCCUCACGGAGGCAAUGUCCUCAUCCGAAGCAAGCCCAAGCAAAGUCGCUCUCCGCACAACUUCGAGGUGGUGCUCCUCGAUCACGGUCUGUACUUUGACAUAGAGAAGGACCUCCGCACCGACUAUGCUCGCUUCUGGCUCAGCCUCCUCAGUCGCUCUACCCCCGCCGUACAAGCCGACCGGAAACGACUCGCAAAGAGGAUUGCUGACAUUGGUGAUGACCUGUACCCCAUCCUCGAGUCGGCCAUCACUGGGAGGUCAGGUUUGGAAGGUUCGGACCCCAAGAAUCCGCACGGGGUCAAGGGCAAAAAGCGACCUUCGUCGAUGCUGGACAUGCAGACUGGAUCCGAAAUGUCGGAAGAGGAGCAGGAGCAUAUCCGAAAGACGGUCAUGGAGAGGGAGGGCCUCUUCCUCAGUAUUCUAGACUUGCUCAGGAGAGUCCCCCGUCGCAUGCUCAUGGUGCUGAAGCUAAAUGACCUUACGCGGUCCCUGGAUGCCAGCUUGCACACCACCCACGGCCCUACCAGGCCAUUCAUCAUCGCUGCGAGGUACUGUGCGCUGGCCGUCUGGGACGACGAUCGUGCAAAGUUGAGGGAGAAGCGUAGGGCGUCUGGGUGGAGCUUUGGUGUGGUGAGAGAGUGGCUGCACUGCUGGACCAAUUACCUCUGGUUCUACCGCGGCCUAGCCUUCCUCGAGACCAUCUCCAACAUCCGCGCCGGCACAUCCAAGAUCCUCGUCUUCUCCUCUGCCCUCGUCACUGGCAAAGGAUGGCACGCCGCCACGCAAAAGGCCUCUGGAAUGGAGGAUCAGGCAAAGAGGAGGUCCAAAGAGAAGAGAGAUCAGGAGACGGCGAGGAAGUCGAUUGAAGGGGAGAAGAAGAGCGAGGGGAAGGAGAAGAGUGGGAGAAGCGCCGGUGGUGGUGGUGGUGGCGGUGGUGGUAGUGCCAAGGGUAGCUAGAGGGGCGACCUCAUCUGUAGACGCAGGCAGACACGAGCGGACUAGAAUGGAACAAAAUGGGAUGAACCGUAC